AUGAGAGGAAUUUACAAGGACCUUAUCGUUAUGCUUCACGGAAAUAAUCUGAUUGACGACGGUCAACUGAAAGCAAAAACAGAAAGCUCCUUUUUUGGAGAUAAAAUGAUAGAUAUACUUCCAUUGGAAAAUGACAGAGUGUUUCGGCAAGCAAGAGAGUACCACACCGAUCACUAUCUCAUCCAGGUAAUGAAAGAUGACAUAGAAACUGCUCUCUUGGAAUUAUGUACUGCUAGUGAGUUCCCGGAUGUAUUGUUGAUUAAUUCAUGUUUAUGGGAUAUCACAAGAUAUUCUCGUGCUUAUGAGGAUGUAGUACGUCCAAACAUUAAUAGACAGGCAGCUGUAGAGCGAUCAUCUCUUGAGGAGUUUCUUGAACGAAUUUCAAUGCUGAUUCGACGCCUUCGCCUCAUAAUGCCGGCCACAACUCAGAUUUUUACUGAAGCCUCAUUUUCAAAACUAUAA